AUGCAUCAGUAUGGUGGUGAAUUAUUAAAAGGAAAAACAGCCACACAAUCCACGGAGUUUCCAUGUAUUCCUAAGUGUGGUCCAGACAAAGUUGUUGAUGGCGAUAAAAAUACAUGUAUGAAGACAUACGAGAUAGGUCAAGCCGCUCCGCGCAAAACAGUAUGGUCGAUGAUUGAUCUCGGUGAAACUCACAGCAUUUACAGCAUCAGCAUAGAUUUUAAAAAUCAAACAGGUUAUGAGCUGAGGCAAAGGGGCCGAUUUGCUGGAUUUUCCCUAUAUAUAUCUGACACUUCUAAAAGAGAAGACGGCUAUCUAUGUUACAAGAACACACUUCCAUUACCUCCCUUAAAUUUCAAUACAACAUGUAUUGGUUAUGGUCGUUAUGUCAUCUAUUACAACGAAAGACUGGAGGGAGUUAAAUACCCUGAAGGAUACUCCAAUGGAAAUUUGUACACAGAAUUAUGUGAAGUGAAAAUACAAGGUUGCUCAUCAUCGGGAGUUUAUGGAAGUAACUGUAGUAUACCUUGUCCAAUCAAUUGUCAAGAACAGAGAUGUAACAUUGUCAACGGAACUUGUCUGGGAUGUGUUCCCGGAUAUGUCGGACAGACAUGCAAAGACGAAUGUAAUAAUGGAACCUAUGGUCCUGACUGUAUUCAUAACUGCAGUGGACACUGUCUGAAUGGCACCACCUGUAAUAAAGAAAACGGAUUUUGUGAACUGAGCUGUAAUCCUGGAUAUGCUGGAGAACUUUAUUGUCCAAAGGGAUCCUUCGGACAAAAUUGCGAGGAACAUUGUAGUAUAAAUUGUAUCAGUGGAAUAUGUGACCAUAUAACUGGGACCUGUGUCGAAGGAUGUUUAACAGGUUUCACCGGGAUGAGAUGUUUCGACUGUAAGAAAAUAAAAUGA